AUGCGAAGGCUGCGGGAGAAUCCCGGUCUCAGACGUCUGGUGGAAGAGACACGUCUCUCGGCAUCGGACUUCACCUACCCGCUCUUCGUGACUCACGGGCGCGACACUCGCACGGAAAUCCCCCCGAUGCCAGGAAUCUAUCAGCUGUCCCUGGACCACCUGAUUCAUGAGUCGACGAGUGAGCGAAUAGACAACGACGCCACCCUGGAGCUACUUGCACAGAUGGCCGUAGUCCAGGCAGAGGCCGGAGCUGACAUGGUCGCUCCAUCGGCAAUGAUGGACGGUCAAGUGGCAGCUAUCAGGAGUGCGCUGGAUGAUGCCGACUUGCCAGACAUCCCGAUAAUGGCAUACUCGGCCAAGUACGCCUCAGGUUACUACGGCCCGUUCCGGGUCGCCGCCGAUUCUGCUCCGAAGUUUGGGAACCGCGCCAGUUACCAAAUGGACCCGCCCAACAUCCGGGAGGCGAUGCGAGAGAUCGCCCUGGACAUCGAAGAAGGGGCGGACAUGGUAAUGGUGAAGCCCGCUCUGGCCUACCUCGAUGUGCUGAGGGCCGCCAAAGAGCGCUUCGCGACACCGAUCGCCGCUUACAACGUGAGCGGAGAGUAUUCAAUGGUGAAGGCGGCGGCCGAGAACGAGUGGAUAGACGGCAGGCGUAUCACUCUCGAGAUACUGACCUCGAUAAAGCGCGCGGGCGCAGACGUCAUCCUGUCCUAUCACGCCAAGGAAGUCGCCGGCUGGCUGAGUUCAGACCUACCCUGA